AUGGUUGCGGAACGAUCUUUGAUUUAUCGGCCGAGGGAGAAUUUGCCGAUUUUUGAUGAGGACACUGGGGAUGUAGAGAUGGACCCGGAACAAGCCUUCCAAGAUGCGGUUGACCACGCGAACUCACUGGUCGCCGAGUGGGCCCGAAAACGUGAAGAGAUUGUAGAGAGGCUGAAGCUUAUUGCUGAUCAGUUGGACGCGAUACAGCACGGCUGCAACAUCUCGACGACGGUUGGUAGCUCUGUUGGGCUGGCCGGCGGUAUCGUGACGGUGGCCGGGCUUAUUCUGAUGCCACCGGUGGCCAUAGCAGGAGCUAUCGUGGGCGGCGUUGGGGCGGCCACGAAUAUAACGACGUGUGUCGUCAACUGGAUGGCCAUCAAGAAACGAAUGAAAGACGCCGAGCCGAUGAUUCAACAUGACAAGACUCUCUGGGAGCUUAUUGUGAAGGCCUGGGAGGAGAUUGCGCGGCUGGAGACGUUGCGGAGGACAAAGGGUCCCGGCACGCCAGACGUCACGUCUUUCGCCGCGCCCGCUUUGGCGCUCGGCACCAGCGGGUUGGCCGGCAUCGGGGCAAGGGCGCUGAUCACGGAAUCGGCUCGAUUGACGCCGAAAUUGGCGCAAACAUUGGCCCACACAGCCGCAGGAAUCGGCAUCAUCCUCGACACGUUCACGCUCAUCACCACCGCCAAGGACAUGAAGAACGGCUCGAAGAGUGAUUACGCUAGCAAAUUGCGGGAGUUUGGCGAGCGGAUCGAAGAGGAGAAGCGCACGGUGGUGAAGAUCAACACGCUCUACCAGUUCGACGCGCCGGACCCGCUGAUGGAAAGUUAU